UUCACCUGGGAUUGAAUGUGACCGCACACCUCUCCACCUCGACGUAGACCUAUUCGAAGGAAACACGUUUCGUUGGAGGUCAUAAAUCCGGACCCUAGUCCAUUUUAAUGUUGUAAUAAAGAACUUCCCAGAUGCAGCAAUGAAGUAUUACACAGGAAGCUUUAUAUUUCCUUUCCAAUGGGAUCAAGUUGUAACUGGGUUUUGGCAGAAGUAUUCCUUAUCAAACAGUAAACACAUAAAUUCCGAGGAUGUGCUGUCACGGAAGAUUGUUGAAGGCAAGCUUUUCUCAAAGAGACUCAUCAACAAGUCGGCUGGCUCUGCCCAGAAGGUGGCAAACAUGCUGUUUAACAAAAAGGCAAAACGGACAUGGGUCAUUGAGGAAUCUGUUGUAGACCCGGUGGAGAAAACCAUGGUUACCUACACACGAAACAUUGGCCUCAAGGAAUUAGCUUUGAUUGAAGAAAAAUGUGUUUACAAAGCAAACCCAGAGAAAACAGAUGAAGUCAUACAGAUGAAGAGCGCUUGGAUUGACUCCAGUCAUGCCUAUUUAGGCAGAAUCAUACAAAACCUUGUUUAUCAACAUUUCAAACGUCGGGCAGGAAAGUCAAGUGGUGAACUUCUUGGUGUCUUAACAAAACUAUAUAGCAUGGAAGUGGCCGACCCCACAAAUAGCUCGGGUAUCAGACCCCUACUGAAAGAUCACGACAUCACAGGAAAGGCAAUUCGUGCGGGCAAAAGUGUCGCUCAGAAGACGCCAAAACUUUGAAGGUGCCUUAAUUUACAUAGCUGUGUGGAUGAAGUAGUCGGAUUUAUCUUCGGGUGAGGGGAUGAAUAUUUGAUUUGGAUAAGUUACAGGAACGAUAAAUCAUUUUUGCUCUUUUGGUAGUCAAUACCCGGUGUAUUUAUGAAGAGAAAAAAAGUAAUAGAACAAUGCUUACAAUUAAUUAGAUCAUCUCGGUCAACUUUAGAAGUUUUUAUAAUUCUUUAAAAAAACAGAUUCAAAAAGAGAAGAAUAUUUUUAUAUGAUUAAUUUUUAUCCCUUGGAGCUUGUGAAUACGAAGGAAUGUCAAUUUGUAUAACUUGUAAACUAUACUGAAUUCCUGCGCUAUAGAAUGUUCAAAACAAUCUGAUUUUUUUGGUUUCAAUCACUGUGAAGAUUUUUAUUAAUUUCUAACAAACCUUUGAAGUUUUACGUAACAAAAUCUUAUAAGAGUUGAUUGUGCUAAUGCUGCAUGGUGUAUAUAUUAUCCAUGCUUUGUGUGAAUCAGUUUGUACCUGUUUUCAUCAAACCUGUUUCCUUAUAAGUUGAGUGCUAGAUUGACUUAAGGAAUUAUUCCAUGGCCAUGAUGCCAUACAAGUUAAGUUAUAGGGAACAGAUUACACACACAAUCUAUGUAAAACAGGGUUGUAUGGAGCUUUUAUACAACGUGGGUUAAAACGUUUGUUUUAUGUUCUGAUUCAUGAAACCAUGGAUGUGUAAUUGUGUAUGUGAAAAAGAUAUUAAGGAAUAUACAUCAACUGUUAUUGACAAAUGGUAGAAAGUCAAUAUGUGAGGUUGUGUUGAGAUUAUUACCGAUAGUUUGGGGUGUAUGCUGAGUCAUCAAUCUUAAGCAUUGUGACAUCUACCUCAAUAAAACAUAAACACCCACCGCCAUCAAGAAUCAUGUACAGCUAACAUGUAUUCAAAACAUUGUAUUAGAAGAAACAGUUAUGGUUUUAAAUGGAAUUCAUGGUUUCAAAGUUUAAAUGUCAUUUUCCCAUAAUUAAGCAUUGCCAUUUUGUUUGACUGAUGCAGAGUAAAGAUGAAAUUCUGUAAAUUUCUAACUGGGAAAGAGGCUAUAAUUAUGAUAUACAUUGAAUGUAUAUAUAUAAUAGAGACCAUUUUUUACCAGUUUGAUAGAGAUUCUACUGAUAUUAACAAAUGUUGUGUCAUUUUUAGCGAUUAAAAUACCUCAAAAAGCAUCAUGCAUGUGAUAAAAACAAAAAACAAAUGCAAAAAAUUAGGGACUUAUACAAACUGCUUCUCUCGUAUGAUUAUCAUACUAUCAAAGUUUCACAAGUUUGUUCCUGAAACUAAUUCACUCAAUAUUGUUAAAAGUCUUAAUUAGAAGGUAAUAAAUUUCAUGGUGUUAAUGUACAGUGUAAAUUAAACCCCAGGGGAGUUUUGUCUGUAGUAUACAGAUUUUAAUUUGUUUUACAAGUUCAUGAAGAUACAAUCUUCGUAAGAUACUGUAUUCAGUUUAGUAAGUGCCCCAGCCCUUAAAUGUUCUUCAUCUUAAAGAUGUUUUCCUCGUCAGAGCGUACAUUCCUUUCCCAUAAAUUACAGACUACCUUUAACAGAGUGUCUUUAGUUAAUGUUUAAGAAUUUCACAUCUUGGAACAUUCUGCGAUUGUUCUUAUUUUCCAAAGUUCAUAAACAUUUAUUAGAAAAAGCAAUGUGCUCUAGUUAUGCAACUAAGUGUAAUUUUAUAAAUUACCUUUAAAGACUGAGUGUGAGAUUUGUGACAAAAUUGGAAAAGAGACCAAAUUUUCGAUUGAAAUGGGUCCAUGAAUACGUGAUUUCAUUGCAUUUCUAUUACACAGAUCAAUCCCAAAUAUUUAUAUUACAUUUUCAUAUCUAGAGAACCAGUCCGCUGGUAGAUUUUGAAAAAAUCUGCUAGCCCAAUCAAUAUCUACAUAGUAGAUAUUUCCAUAUAUCACUGGCCUUGACAGAACAUCUACAUUUUUUGCGCUCUGCAUACAAUUCGGUCCAAGUGCAUUAGUUUAUCGUCGAAUAUUUCCACUUGAACUUGUUUCAACUGGGAUAUGCGAAUGCGGCCCAAGUCAAUUUGAUGUCAUGUCAGUUUCAAGUCAGCUGGAAAGGGGGGGGGGGGGGGGGGGGGGGGGAUCAUGUGAAUUCAGGUUAUUUUUUUUAUGUCAAUUCCCCAUCAAUUUCAGGUCAAGUUAAGAUCAAGUUUUGGCCUGAAAUUGAAUUUUCUUGCUCAUUUUAGGUAAAAUUGACCUGAAAAUUAGACCUGAAAUUAACAUCAAGAAAUGUUGUCUGUGUAUGGUGUAAAUAGUGGAUAUGUAUAUUUCAGCUAUACAUCUGAUUUGUAUACUAGCUAGUAUAUAAUUUACAAUUGCAAAGCAAAAUAUUAAAGUUAACAUGGUUUUAACAGAGAAUUAAUUCAAUUAUAUAGGGAAUGAGAUGAUUAUGAACCAAAGCCAUUUUUUUACAGGGCAGCUUAGAACAUGUGCUUGUGUGUGUCACCAUUUUAAAUACCAUUUUUCAAUGAGUGUCUGGUUUGACUUAAUUUUAUUCAUAAAUGCUUUUACUUUUCAGGGACAGAUACAACUCGAAUGUGUUUAUUUUGGAGGUUUAUGUAUACAAGACAAACCUAAAACAACUUUUGUUAUUAUUUUACCUGGAUAAUCUAAUGUUCUGAUUGUAUUCAAAAUCUGUAAAUGAAAAAUUAGAAAUUUCACAAUUAUUGUGAAAGUUCGCUUUUGAAAAUUAGCUAGACUGAGCAAUAGUUUUUCAGUGUAGAAUAUUGCAAAAACUAUCAAAAUGGAAUGGAAGCUAUGAUUUCAUUUUGUGCCUAUGACCUAUGAUUUGUGACAAAAUGUUUAUGUGUGUGCUUGUGUGUGCUUGUGGAGAAAAUUAUUAGUGCUAGCUAGUGACUGAUGUCAUCAAAAGAUUGAUUUAACUUUGUUAUGAACAUGUAAUAAAAAAAAAUAUGAAGUAAAA